GCGCUUCUUUGACCCGAGGCGAGCAAGGGUCCCAACUGAACGGUCCAACGGCUCGGCAUGUAUUAAUAAGGACAUCCGUGGCCACCCGUCGCCGGGAUGCUGCUGCUGCUGCUGCUGCUAAGAGCAGAUGCCAUUGACUUUCUGGAACCCCAAAUCCAGGCGCCACAUCCACCCUGUCGGUCGGUGACGGCAUUCAUUUUUGAAGAUUCCGGUACUGCGGCCGAGCUAGUCACACCCGACCGGAAGCUGAUUCAGAGCCUGUGGUCCAGGAAUCCGCCAUCGCAUAUCUAACACUUGAUCCCUCCGAUCGGCCAGGUCAGGACUAUUCUCGGCUUUGCGCCUGCGUCGUCCUUAGUAUAAUACCACGGAAGCACUUGCCCGGCAACUGCACCUUAUUUUCUCAGCUGCAGCACCAGGAUACCCUCUGAAUAACAGCAAACAUGUCUCUCACAGGGCAGGAAGUCGCCAAGCACAGCACCCAGGAGGACUGCUGGGUGGUGGUGCAUGGCAAGGCAUACGAUGUGACAGAGUUCCUCCCUGAGCACCCCGGGGGGAUGAAAAUUAUCCUGAAAUAUGCUGGGAAAGAUGCUACGGAGGAGUUUGAGCCCAUCCACCCCCCAGACACGCUGGACAAGUACCUGGACAAGUCCAAGCACCUUGGUGAUGUGGACAUGAGCACGGUCGCCAAGGAGGAGAAGGAGGUGACGGCCGAAGAGAAGGAGCGCCUCAAGCUUAUCGAGACGAAGCCCCUCCUCGACCAGUGCUACAACCUCAUGGACUUUGAGGCUGUGGCCAGGAGGAUCAUGAAGAAGACGGCGUGGGGGUACUACUCCAGCGCAGCUGAUGACGAGAUUACGAUGCGUGAGAACCACGCAGCAUUCCACCGGAUAUGGUUCAGGCCGCAGAUCCUGGUGGACGUGGAGAAGGUUGACUUCUCGACGACGAUGCUGGGGACCAAGGUGGACAUGCCGUUCUACGUGACGGCGACGGCGCUGGGCAAGCUGGGCAACCCGGAGGGCGAGGUGCUGCUGACGCGGGCGGCCAGGAAGCACAACGUGGUGCAGAUGAUACCGACGCUGGCGUCGUGCUCGUUCGACGAGAUCAUGGACGCGGCGGAGGGGGACCAGGUGCAGUGGAUGCAGCUGUACGUCAACAAGGACCGGGAGAUCACGCGCAAGAUCGUGCAGCACGCGGAGAAGCGGGGGUGCAAGGCCCUUUUCAUCACGGUGGACGCGCCGCAGCUGGGGCGGCGGGAGAAGGACAUGCGCAGCAAGUUUGACGACGCGGGCAGCAGCGUGCAGAGCGGGCAGGCGACGGACAACUCGCAGGGGGCGGCGCGGGCGAUCUCGUCGUUCAUCGACCCGGGGCUGUCGUGGAAGGACAUCCCGUGGUUCCAGAGCAUCACCAGGAUGCCCAUCAUCCUCAAGGGCGUGCAGCGGGUCGAGGACGUGCUGCGGGCGGUGGAGGCCGGGGUGCAGGGGGUGGUGCUGUCGAACCACGGCGGGCGGCAGCUGGACUUCUCGCGGUCCGGGGUCGAGGUGCUGGCCGAGACGAUGCCGCGGCUGCGGGAGCUGGGGCUGCAGGACCGCAUCGAGGUGUUUGUGGACGGCGGGGUGCGGCGGGCGACGGACAUCAUCAAGGCGCUGUGCCUCGGGGCCAAGGGCGUGGGCAUCGGGCGGCCGUUCCUGUAUGCCAUGUCGGCGUACGGCUUCGAGGGCGUCGACCGGGCCAUGCAGCUGCUGCGCGACGAGAUGGAGAUGAACAUGCGCCUCAUCGGCUGCACCAGCGUCGACCAGCUCAACCCCUCGCUCGUCGACACCAGGAGCCUGUUCAGCCACGGCAACGGCGUGCCCCAGGACAACCUCGCCUGGUCCACCUACGACCCGCUGGCCAACCCGCCCCAGAGGCCCAAGCUGUAGGUGUCUGUUGUGGUUGUGGUUGUUGUUGUCGUCGUCGUCCUCUUGGCCUGCUUUGUGCGUGGGCGUGUGUCGUGGGUUGUGGGUUGUGGGCUGUGUGUUGAUGCGUCAUAUUUCUUCCUGCUGUACGAGACUUUUGAGCACAAGACGAGUUACAAAUCAGAGAGCAGACACACAUACCGGCGUUGGGUGGUGGUGUGGUCACAGGCCAGCGCGCUAAAGGCUGUCAGGCUGGCGGGCGUGCCGUAAG